AUGUCGCUAUCGUCGUUCAAAAACCCGACGACGUACCAUUUGCUGAGCUAUGGCACUCUUCUCGGCUCCACGCUCUUCCAAUCCUUCAUCUCUGGCGUUGUCGCCUUCCGAGUCCUGCCCCGCUCCCAGUUCUCCCAGCUGCAAAAAAACACCUUCCCCAUCUACUUCUCCCUGCAGACUGCUCUCCCCGUCGCAAUGCUGUUGACCUAUCCCCGCGGCGGCGCUACUUCUCUUCUCCCCUCGUUCCUCCAGCCUGCCUCGGCCGCCAACCCUCCUCCGUCCUUUUCCUUCUUCGCGCCCGCCACUCCCGCCGCGUCCACCAACAAGCUCGCUGCCUGGCUGCACGCCACAAUGCUUGUCACUGCGCUGGCCAACUUGGUGUACAUUGGACCCAAGACAACCGAGAUCAUGGGCAUCAGGAAGCACCAGGAAACUCGGGAUGGCAAGAAGAGCUACGACAAUGGGCCCCAUAGCAAGGAGAUGCAGGCGCUCAACAAGCAGUUUGCUAUCCUGCACGGUGUCAGCACCAUUUCCAACCUGAUUGGACUUGGCGCCAUGAUUUGGUAUGGUGCUGUUCUUGCGGAUGGACUGAGCUUGUAA